UUCAAAUACACAACACUAAACGAUGAUGAAAGAAAAUGAAUGAAAAAAGCAAAUGGCUGACUAAAAUCGACGUUCUUGGUCCUAAUAUAAAUCCGAUGUAAUUACAUGAAUUAUGCGCUCUUCAUGAUCAUGACUAGCGAAAUAAGAUUAUUUAAAGAGUAAAGAACUAAGAUAACUAUAUAUUACAGGCAGAAAGCCUGCUGAAACUGUAAAAAAAUACAAGAAACUAAUACCUUAGCUUACACAAUUCGUAUUAAAUUGCAAAACUAUUUGUCGUGCGUGUGACGGACGCACGUCCGUUUAUUACUCAGUUGAAGUGAUGUGAAGUGUCGACACAGGGCGGGGGCGCCGCCCCAGUCGACCAUGGACCGAGGCUACGACAAGAAGCAUACCAAACACCACAAGGAGAAGCAUAAGAAACGUGCUCACAAGAAGCACAAGUCACAUUCAGGUAGUUCUCAUGAACAAUCUUAUGCUACAGUUAAUUCUAACAAACCUCUUGUGGAGUAUUCCGAUGUCAGUUCUGAGGCAUUAUCAGCCCCGGAGGCUGGUGAGAUUGACAGUGAAGCAAGCUCUAUCAGCAGGCAUAUCGCUGAUGACCUUGACAGGACGAGGAAGUCCCAUUCCAUACGUACAUUUGUAGAUAACAAGACAAUAUCAGUUACAACUACGAGUCGCCGGGCUGCUGAGGAGUAUGCUUUGAGGGAUGCUUCUGUGCCGAGGAAGAGACGCUCAGAGUAUGAUGAUGGGGAUGCAGAGUUUGAUGACCAUGGUAGAUUUAAGAAGAAGAAAGAGAAGCGGAAAAAAGAUAAGAAAAAGAAGAAGAAGAAGUCAAAGAAUAGGUCACGAUCAGCGAGUUUGGAGAGUGUGUCUCCAGAUGAUAAUGUGCCUGAAGAGCUUCCAUUGAGGGCGGCUAGUCCUCAGAGAUACCAGCAGGUGCCUGUGAGUGAGUGGGAGAAGGCAUCGUCUCCAUUACGGAAUGGAUCAUGUUCGCCGAUGUCGCCGUCGACGACGCCUCUGAUGCGCCUCGAGUCGCCGCGCCACCGGCCGUUCGUCCGGGAGGCAUCGCUGCAUCACAACCAGAUACCUUAUUCUCCACACCGGGAGAGAUCACCACCUAUCAGCCCAUCCUGGAUGCCGCCGAUUCAUCAUAUGGCACCCUAUAUUAUACAGAAUAAUUGCGAUUUGAGACGACAGAAAUCAACAACGCCCCACACGCCAUCAGCGCCGCCAUACCACGACACGGUGACCAUAGACUCGGACACGGAGCAGGACUAUGAGCGCGGCAGACGCGACUACUGGCACGACCAGCAUCGCGUGCAGUCGCCCAUCAUGGUGUCCGGUAACAUGCGAUAUUCACCCGUGCACGAGGUGUCCCGGGGCCGCGAGUACAGCCCGCGGCGGCCGCACCGGCGCCGCAGCCCGCACCACCGCCGCCGCUCGCGCUCCCGGGAUAGGCAUCGCGACAGGGAGUUCAAGCCCACGCAUCGGUCGCAUAGUCGCAGUUCGCUGAAGCGGCGCCGCUCGGGCUCGCGCAGCCGGCGGCGCGGCUCCACGCAGUCGCCGCCGCGGCACCGCGCCAAACAUCGGGACGCCUCGCCCAGGGAACGGCACCGCAUCAAGCAUGAGUCUCCGAGCCCGCCGACCGUGCUACAACGCAAGAUCGACUUCAAGGAGAAGAUUAGCGACACUAGUCUGUUCGCUGAGCUAGUCAAGGACAAGCAUAAGAGAGCUAAGAAACUACAAGAGAUCUUGAACCAGAAAGAGGAAGAGUCUCAGGGAGCGCUGUCCAACACGACGUCCAUCAACAACCCGGAAAUACUCACUAUUGACGAGCUCUCCAAUAUGACUUGCGAUAGCUCCACACAGCAAUCUAAAGAGAACGGCGAGGCAUCUCGUGAAGCGGGCGACAUAGUAGACAUUCCGAUGCCGAGCUCCGACAGCGCCCCGCUGCAGCCGCCGCCCGACUUCUCCGCCUUCGAGCUCAAGGAGCCCCCCAAGCUGCCCGAGCCACCCCAGCCACCGCAGCCACCGCAGCCCCCGCAGCCCCCGCAGCCACCCCAGCCACCUCAGCCCCCGCCGGUGUCGGAGACUAAUGGUGAUGCGGCGCCCUUGCCGCCUAAUCCGGCUCCUGUGGAGAAGCCGCUAACCCCGCCGCCACCAGCGCCAGCUUUACCCCGGUCCCCGGCAGCCGCGGCGCCGCCCAAGCCCAGCGUGGUGGAGGCGGUGUACUACCAGAACAGCCAGCCGCCGCCCGCCAAGCCCAAGAGCCUCACCAAGCUGCCCAUGCCGCCUAACACACAGGUAACACAUAGCUACAAGCCCAGCGUGGUGGAGGCGGUGUACUACCAGAACAGCCAGCCGCCGCCCGCCAAGCCCAAGAGCCUCACCAAGCUGCCCAUGCCGCCUAACACACAGGUAACACAUAGCUACAAGCCCAGCGUGGUGGAGGCGGUGUACUACCAGAACAGCCAGCCGCCGCCCGCCAAGCCCAAGAGCCUCACCAAGCUGCCCAUGCCGCCUAACACACAGGUAACACAUAGCUACAAGCCCAGCGUGGUGGAGGCGGUGUACUACCAGAACAGCCAGCCGCCGCCCGCCAAGCCCAAGAGCCUCACCAAGCUGCCCAUGCCGCCUAACACACAGGUAACACAUAGCUACAAGCCCAGCGUGGUGGAGGCGGUGUACUACCAGAACAGCCAGCCGCCGCCCGCCAAGCCCAAGAGCCUCACCAAGCUGCCCAUGCCGCCUAACACACAGGUAACACAUAGCUACAAGCCCAGCGUGGUGGAGGCGGUGUACUACCAGAACAGCCAGCCGCCGCCCGCCAAGCCCAAGAGCCUCACCAAGCUGCCCAUGCCGCCUAACACACAGGUAACACAUAGCUACAAGCCCAGCGUGGUGGAGGCGGUGUACUACCAGAACAGCCAGCCGCCGCCCGCCAAGCCCAAGAGCCUCACCAAGCUGCCCAUGCCGCCUAACACACAGGUAACACAUAGCUACAAGCCCAGCGUGGUGGAGGCGGUGUACUACCAGAACAGCCAGCCGCCGCCCGCCAAGCCCAAGAGCCUCACCAAGCUGCCCAUGCCGCCUAACACACAGGUAACACAUAGCUACAAGCCCAGCGUGGUGGAGGCGGUGUACUACCAGAACAGCCAGCCGCCGCCCGCCAAGCCCAAGAGCCUCACCAAGCUGCCCAUGCCGCCUAACACACAGGUAACACAUAGCUACAAGCCCAGCGUGGUGGAGGCGGUGUACUACCAGAACAGCCAGCCGCCGCCCGCCAAGCCCAAGAGCCUCACCAAGCUGCCCAUGCCGCCUAACACACAGGUAACACAUAGCUACAAGCCCAGCGUGGUGGAGGCGGUGUACUACCAGAACAGCCAGCCGCCGCCCGCCAAGCCCAAGAGCCUCACCAAGCUGCCCAUGCCGCCUAACACACAGGUAACACAUAGCUACAAGCCCAGCGUGGUGGAGGCGGUGUACUACCAGAACAGCCAGCCGCCGCCCGCCAAGCCCAAGAGCCUCACCAAGCUGCCCAUGCCGCCUAACACACAGGUAACACAUAGCUACAAGCCCAGCGUGGUGGAGGCGGUGUACUACCAGAACAGCCAGCCGCCGCCCGCCAAGCCCAAGAGCCUCACCAAGCUGCCCAUGCCGCCUAACACACAGGUAACACAUAGCUACAAGCCCAGCGUGGUGGAGGCGGUGUACUACCAGAACAGCCAGCCGCCGCCCGCCAAGCCCAAGAGCCUCACCAAGCUGCCCAUGCCGCCUAACACACAGGUAACACAUAGCUACAAGCCCAGCGUGGUGGAGGCGGUGUACUACCAGAACAGCCAGCCGCCGCCCGCCAAGCCCAAGAGCCUCACCAAGCUGCCCAUGCCGCCUAACACACAGGUAACACAUAGCUACAAGCCCAGCGUGGUGGAGGCGGUGUACUACCAGAACAGCCAGCCGCCGCCCGCCAAGCCCAAGAGCCUCACCAAGCUGCCCAUGCCGCCUAACACACAGGUAACACAUAGCUACAAGCCCAGCGUGGUGGAGGCGGUGUACUACCAGAACAGCCAGCCGCCGCCCGCCAAGCCCAAGAGCCUCACCAAGCUGCCCAUGCCGCCUAACACACAGGUGGAGGAUUUGAAGACGUUGGCGAACGAGAGUCCGCUGAGCACUCCGUCUCCGUCGCCCGUGAAGAAGCCUGACAAGCCUAAACGUACUGGCAUCAUGAACUUACCCAUGCCGCCUGGCGUGACAGUGAUUCCCGGCUCGGAGGAGCUGUCAGGCGACGAGCUGGACGGCGGCACCCCGCCGCCCGCCUGCCGCCGCGACCAGUACUCGCAUGUCUUCAGCAACAGGAAACAUGCUAGAGAUAAUUCCGGUUCGAAGCUGAAGCGGCCGCGUAUACUGAAGCGUCGCGGGUCUAAGGUGGUGCCCGUCGCCACUCCCACGCAUCACGCUAAGGACUGGGGAGAGAAGUGUGUUGAUGGCUUCCAGGUAAUAACCCAAAUCGGCGAAGGCACAUACGGCCAAGUAUACAAAGCCCGCGACAAGAACACUUCACAACUCGUAGCAUUGAAGAAAGUCCGGCUCGAGAACGAGAAGGAAGGAUUCCCCAUCACCGCCGUCCGGGAGAUCAAGAUCCUGAGGCAGCUCAACCAUAAGAAUAUUGUUAAUCUCAGGGAAAUUGUCACUGAUAAGCAGGAUGCUUUGGACUUUAGGAAGGACAAAGGCUCCUUCUACCUAGUGUUUGAGUACAUGGACCACGACCUGAUGGGUCUCCUAGAAUCCAAGAUGGUGGACUUCACGGAGUCGCACAACGCCAGCAUCAUGCGGCAGCUGCUGGACGGGCUGGCCUACUGCCAUCGCAAGAACUUCCUGCAUAGAGACAUCAAGUGCAGCAAUAUAUUGAUGAAUAAUAAAGGCGAAGUAAAACUCGGCGACUUCGGUCUGGCGCGGCUGUGGUCAGCAGAGGACCGCGCUCGUCCCUACACCAACAAGGUCAUCACGCUGUGGUACCGCCCGCCCGAGCUGCUGCUGGGGGAAGAGCGAUACGGGCCUGCCGUCGAUGUCUGGUCCAUGGGAUGUAUACUGGGCGAACUGUUCUUGAAGCACCCGCUGUUCCAGGCCAACGUCGAAAUGAUGCAGCUAGAAAUGAUAUCCCGCGUCUGCGGCACCCCAGUCCCCGGCGUGUGGCCCAACGUGGUGAACCUCCCCCUGUGGCACACGCUGCGGCCGAAGAAGUUCCACAAGCGCUGCGUGCGCGAGCACUUCGCCUUCAUGCCGCCGCACGCGCUCACGCUGCUCGACCGCAUGCUCGAGCUCGACCCCGACCGCAGGAUCACCGCCGACGAUGCUCUCAAGAGCCCCUGGCUCAAGAACGUGGUGCCAGACCAAAUGCCCGCACCUGAGCUGCCGACAUGGCAAGACUGCCACGAGCUGUGGUCCAAGCAACGUCGCCGACAACAGAGAGAACAGGACCAUACACAAGGCAAGAAGCCCUACGGAUACCCAGAAGACAAAGACCAACCCAAAAACGACAACCAAGACUAUAAAAGUGAGCCUUACAAGUCUGAGAGCGGCUUCAAACCUACCGAACCAACCCAAGAGGCUGUCGGCCAAGUGAAAUAGUACAGACUACAUUGUAAGAGGUACUUUCGCAAACGAAAGAAACGGUGCUUAUAUUAGACCAAUUGACUUUGUGAUCUAGAAUAAUUAGUUGCCUGUGGAGUGCUCGUGACGAAGUGUGGGUUCCGUGCAGUGCGGUAUUGUGCCUAGUCUAUUGAUAGCUUCAAUCUCAUGUACGAUUAGCUCAUAAGGUGAAGGCUGUGUUCUUCAAGAAACUUUAGCACUAUGCUAUGCUUCUUGCACAAUUACGAAUAUUCAGUACAAAAUUUAACAACACGAUCCGAUGCACUAACAUCGGCUAUUGAAGAGGAUAGUCUGAAUAGACUUUACUUUCUGUAUUUUAAUAAAAUCUAAUCUUAUAUGGAAUUUAAAUUUAAUGAUGAUUGUAAAGGUGCGGAACCCUGUGAAGCAAUUUAACUUAUUGCGUUUAACGUAACGCGUACCAAAAUGUAUGAUAAUAUAGUAGUAACCAAAGUAUCGCAUAGCGCUAGUUACCCUCGGACGGAUGUCAGGCGUCCUGUGCAUAUAUUUGUAAAUAAUGUAAACUAGGAUAAUUUCAAAUAAGAACAUUUUUGUUUAAUUUAAUUUUAGCGAAACGACUUGUUUUAUUUGUGUUAAGAGUCCUUGUGGUUUUAGCAAUAAUUUGACGGUUGGCAACACCGCGUUUUACCUAAUAAACUGACAACUGGCAGAAGUUGUCAUAUCAGGCAGAGUACAAAGUGCCUAAAUCUCAAUGUAUUCCUCUUGCCCUCCCCUUGCAUAGUUCUAUCUGUAACAAUGCCUUUCCUGUCAUUCAUCCUUCGAUUCCUAAUCUAAGAACAAUUCAUAAGUUCAAAUAAGUUGCCAGCAUUCAAUUAAAUACCAGCCUAUGUGUUGCCAACAUGAAUGCAAAACAGCAUAAUAGUUACAUCCUAUUUCAAUAUGAAGUAAAACCUCCUUCGCCUUAUAAACGAAGAAAAUAGAAUGUCCAAAAUACUGCCAUUUUGUAUGUGUUCAAGACAAGCUCUUACACUACAAAUUGAAUGUUGAAAUUAUAGAGUUACUCUAGCAAUACUCAAAAUUUGGCACACUUCUCAAAAUUUACAAGACGAUGUUAAAAAUGCAUACAAUUUGCUAUUACAACAUCACCCUUGUCUAAAUGGUAAAAAAAUAAAAACUAUGCUUUACUGCAUUUUUUUAAGAUCUUAAUGUCUAUGCAACGACAAGUAAUAAAAGAAGCUUGGAAUCCAAUAUAUGUGAGCAAUAUUUUACAUUAAUUAUUUUCCUAAUUACACAGUAAGUUGAUAUGAAGGUCCGAUGUUAUCAUUAUCAAAAUAAUGUUAUAUGUUAGACAGUAUGUUCGUCUGGGGAGACUGUGAUUAUGUAUAACUCGGAAUUGAGUUGUUUUGUCUCGGUUGAUUUGUAUUCUUUUAUAUUUUUAAUGUUAGGUGUUUGUUGGGUCCUGUAUGCGCUGUUUUGGGCGAUAUGCAUGUCCUUAAAUUAAGUGUGCUGGUCAUAUAAUAUGAUUUCAAAACAAUGAUUGAGAAAUGUUUUUCAUCACUUGUGUCAUUGGAUCUCACUACAAUUUUAUAUAGAUUAGGUUCGCCAGAAGAAUUCGCUUAUUUCUCAAUGUACCAGCAAUGUUUUAACUGUAUUUAUUGAAUGCUUCAAGUUUAUUCAUAUCGCUCUUAAUUCGAAUAGUAAGUCAUAGCAAUAAUAUUGGACCUGACUUAGUUGGCAUUUAUAUAAUAUAAGCGUGUAUGUAUAUAUUCAUGAGUUCCAGACACCGACAAUGGUGAUUUUCAUCUAGUUAGAAAUACCUAAUAUAUAUCAUGUUGUCUGUUCACAAAAUAUAUGAUUGGAUGUAAAAAUUACUUGUAACUUAGGAGCUGCGUUAUUUUUUUAAACAAUUGUCUAGUAAAUAUGUCUGAGCGUCUAUAGUUAUUGUUUUGCAUUAUUUUAAGAACGUAUCUUCCAUGAAUUAGUUGAAAUGUAUAUAGAAUAAACUUCCUCCUGCAUUUUUUAAACGAUAUUGUUUCGAUCGAGAAGGCGGAAAUUCACACGACGCAAUCAUUAAUUUUAUGCACCUCUGUAAAGAAUAUUGUGUAGAAUUGAAUUCAUAUAAUUAUAAAGUUAUAAAUGUGUUUUAGUCCUCAGGUGAGGUUACAUACAUGUACAUAAAUAGGAAAUAUAAUAAAUAUGACAACGCCAAUAUUUAUAGUUUUAAAUGUUUAAUGUCUGUAGACAAUAUGUUGCGAUAUUGUGAAUUUUCGCUUUCUGUGACGCGGUAAGAUCAUUGUGGCAAGUCAUCGGCUGAAAGACUAUGUUCCCUUGUAUUAUAUUAGUUUUAAGGACUCGAUAUCUUUCGUGUAAAUAAUCCGGAGUUUCGGAGAUAAUCGUCGUUUUUUUUAUAUUUUGUAUGGUGUGCUAAUUGGAGGGUAGUUGUUUUUAUUUUGUUAUUGUGUGGGUGUUCUAUUUUAUCAAUGAAUAUGCUUGGAUCGCCGUCCAGGUCACAACCGUAGAUGGAAAUUGUAUGGAGAAAAUUAAGAAAUAAUGUAUACAAUGAAUUGCCAAGAAGCUGAAUAUUUUAUAUCUGAUCAAAUUAUCCGCAUUGACAGGGUAGGUCCGCAGUUAUUGAACUUAUUAGUUAUUCCGUGAUUGUUUCGUUUUACAGUAAGACUGAAGUAGAUAGAACGGACGAUUGUCUGUCACUGUAACUCUGGAUUGUUGUUAUCACAUUUAUGAUAAUAAUAAUUGUAAAAAUGUACCUAAUGUUUUUUAAAAUAAUUAUACCUACGAUGAAAUAUAAA